AUGCCGCCGGCCCGUAAGAAGCGCGGGGCGGCGGCCGCCGCCGCCGCAGCAGCCGCGGCGGCGCAGUGGAAGGUGGGCGACCUCGUGCUCGCUAAGAUGAAGGGCUUCCCGGCGUGGCCGGCCAUGAUAACUGAACCAGAGCAAUGGGACCUUCCUGCAGCUAAAAAGAAGUUUAUUGCAGCUAAAAAGAAGUUGCUGGUCUACUUUUAUGGAACUAAAGAGAUUGCUUUGUGCAACUAUGCUGACCUUGAGGCAUUUACCGAAGAGAAGAAAAAAUCUCUACUUGUUAAGCGACAUGGGAAAGGAGCAGAUUUUGUCCGAGCAGUUAAGGAAAUAGUUGAGAUUUAUGAUUCUUUAAAGGAAGACAAGAAAGACAUUAAUAAUGAUAAUAAUAAGAGUGGCUUUACUGAAGAUAAUUUGAAGAUAGAUGUCGAGAAUCAUGUCAAUGACAGCAGCAGUUUGGAUACAGAAGGUCCUGAUGAUGGUUCUGAUCCAGGCAAUGACAAGAAAAUGGAGGAUUGUCCCUCCUCUUGCAUGGAUCACAGCAUGGUAAGUACUCAGUCUAUUAUCAACACAAUGGAGGGUGAGCAUUGUGUUGUGGAUUCUGCAGAUGGCGACCCUAUUGAAAAGUCAUCUAUCCUUCAUGAGAGUAAGCAUUCUCCUUUGCAUGCUAGUUCAUGCUCAAAGAAAAGACAAAAAGAUUCACAGAAACAAAAUGCUUGCACACAUGGUAAUUUUGCAUCAUCAUGGAGAUCAAGAAGUUCAUUAGGCGCUGAAUUAAGAACAAGCCGGGAUUCUGGUGGUCUGAUGAAUGGUACUAAUCUGCCUUCUGUUGAUUUGAUUCCUGGUGACAAGCAAGAAGAUUCUGCUCACUGUAAGUGCAUUGAGGAUGAUAAACCAAGCCCGUGUUCUGUUUCUGCUACAAAGGAAGCAGUCUUGUCACAUCCAAGUCGAGGAACCUGCAGUCAACUUGUGGCCUCUGGGACCAGUAAUGAUGAUAAAGGCCCGUGUACUGUCAUACAUAGUGUACAAUGCACUUUUAGUAAUGAAGUAUCUAAAACUGGAGUCAGGGAUAAAGAAGUCAACCUGAAUGGAAUGGUUGAUCUUCCCAUGACCACCACCCGAACUUUUAAAAGAAAAAGAAGGGCAAACACUUGUCGUGCUAAUAAUCCUGUCAGUAGUGAGCUAAAAAAUAUGGAUAGGGCAUUGCAGCCUAAGUCAAUUAGAGAUCUUGUAUAUUCUCCAAAUUUAAGGAAUGAAAUUAACAGAUCAGAUGGAGAUGAGCACUUGCCAUUGGUCAAAAGGGCAAGAGUCCGAAUGGAAAGGUCUCCACUGGAGAAUGCCACGGUUGAUGAACCUGGCCAUUCUUCUGACCAAACAGCGCCAGCUAAACUUGAUCCAUGUAUUAAGCAUGCAACGUCUGCAAUAUCUGGGAAGGAUCAAUCAGCUGAUGAUGUACCUCCUGGCAUAGAUGCUUCACCCAAAACAAAUUACUCUGACCUGCCAGGAGAAGUUCAGAAUUCUUGUAUGAAUAACAAUGAAGAGCAACCAAUGGUUAUGACAUUGGAUGUAGAAGCUGCUUUGCCUCCAUCAAAACGCCUUCAUCGUCUCUUAGAAGCUAUGUCUGUUAAUGCAUCUGAGACUGUGAGUACUUUGCCUGAAGUUACUAAGUCAAAGGAGGUUACCCUGGAAGGCUGCACUGCUUCAACAGAGAGGUCCCCUCCUAAAAUCUCUGCAGAUGCACUUGUUGAAAGUCCCAAAUCUGCAAUGGCUAAAAGCCCUAAGGUAUCUUUGACUGUGCUUCCUUUAGAUGCCCCAACUGACCAAAAGCAUAUCACAGAAGCUGUCAUGUUGAACAAGGAUGCCCUCCCUCCUGUUUCUUUGGAUUUAAGAACUGAUGUCAGUGACAGUUUACCAAAGGACAAAGUUUCUGAAGAAACCUGCAUAGACAGUGAAAAUUUGAGAACUGAUGUCAGUGACAGUGUACCAAAGGACAAAGUUUCUGAAAAAACCUGCAUAGACAGUGAAAAUGUACCUGAUUUGGUUGUACAUACUGGGAUUGAUAGCAAUGUUUGUGUAAAAGGUACAGCCUGUUCCAUGAAAUUGGAAGAGCCUGGCUUUGCGAAGUUUGAUCGACUACCUUCAUGUAAUGCAAGUGGAAAUAAGCCUACGGAAUCCAUCGAAGGCUCUACUAAUGGUUUUGGCAAAACUAUAGAUGUAUCUUUUGAGCCAAUUAGCCGAGCAAAUGCUACUGUCUCGUAUACUAGUGGCAGCUGUGAUCCUGUGCUGCAUGUUGGCACUGUUUUAGAUAAAUCAGUAGUUAGUGUGCGUGACAGAACAAGUGCCUCUUCUUUGGUUUCUAAAGUUCCAUGUAUUCAUUCUGACACAAGCACCAGAGCAUUUGAAAUGCAUAGUUCUUCAGUUAUUGCACCGGAAGACCUUGACCACAGAAUAAACCUAAAGGAUAAGAGCUUAUCUUCAGAUUCAAUGCCUACAGAAGAACUAGUUGCUGAUGGACAUGCUCAUAUAUUCUCUCAAUCAAAUUCAUUCAUGGACAGUUCUCUAGAUUCAAAAUUUGCUUCAGAACCUUUGGUGAAUAUCCCUUCACUCAAAGAAGGAUCAAGUAGCUGGUGUUCACCUUCAAAUCAUUUGAUAAGGUCUGCAUCAGAUAGGGUUCAUACUGAACAAGAUAGUGGUGAGAUUCCUUUUGAUAAUCUGCAACCGGAAGGCUUGUUAGCAGGUUGUAAUGAAGCCCAUUCAUCACGGAGGGCGUUUGAAGCUUGCGUUGGUACACUAACACGAACAAAAGAAAGUAUAUCUCGUGCAACACGUCUUGCACUGGACUGUGCUAAGCAUGGCAUUGCUGGGGAGGUAAUGGAUAUUAUUAUUGAACACCUGGAAAAGGAAAGUGAUUUAUAUAAAAGGGUCGAUCUGUUCUUCCUUGUCGAUUCCAUAAUCAGAUACUGUCGCAAUCAGAAAGGUGGACCUGGUGGUGCCUAUCCUUCUCUCAUCCAAGCAGUCUUGCCACGAAUUAUAUAUGCUUCUGCACCACCUGGAAAUUCUGCUUGGGAGAAUCGGAGGCAGUGUCUUAAGGUUUUGAGGCUCUGGCUUGAGAGAAAAACCCUUUCAGAAUACAUCAUUCGCCACCAUAUUAAAGAGCUUGAAGCUCUUAAUGAUGCGUCAUUUGGAAGCUCCCACCGUCCUUCAGGUAGAGAGAGAGCUCUGAAUGACCCUUUGCGGGAUGAUGAGGCAUUUUUUGUUGAUGAGUAUGGAAGCAACGCUGGUCUUCAUCUUCAAAAUUUAAUUUGCACGAAACUACUUGAAGAUGAGGAUGGGAGGUCCUCUGAGGAGAGGAGCUUUGAAGGUCUUACUCCUGAACAUGAAGUUACUGGUGCUAAUGAACAAGAGGCAUGUCAAUUGCAUGUGACAAAGCAUCAACUCCUAUUGGAAGAAGUGGACGGUGAACUUGAGAUGGAGGAUGCAGCCCCGUCAUCUGGAGCUGAAGCCAGUACUGGAUGUCAAGAAGAUCUGACUAAUAACGAUACUUCUAUAGGAACUGCUCAGCAUCUCAGUUCCGUUCCGCCACUACCUGAUGAUAAAGCUUCAUCCCCUCCCCCAUUGCCAUCAUCACCGCCACCAUUACCACGUCCAUCAUGUCUUGUCUCUCAAGAUUCUCAGGUGCAAGGCGCAUUGCCUGUGGCAGCCAAUUGUGUUGAGCAACACCAUCCAGGAGCCAACUAUAAUGUUGAAGGCCAACAUCCUUAUUCUGCUGCAAACAAUCGAGGCAACGUGGAUGCAUGUAUAGCUUCUUCACAGCCUCCAGUACCAUACAAUUCUGGAUAUGCAGGGCAUACUAAUCAGAUAUAUCAACCGCCGCUGCCGCCGCCACCACCACCACCACAGCCUAUUGCAACAUUCCCUUCUGGGCCCCAUGGCAGCUUAUGUGGGCCCUCAGUGCCACAUCAUGGAAAUAACUAUCACCAUCCACCACCAGCACCACUGCCGAAUAGUGGAUACCAUUUACAGCCACCGCCACACCCACCAGGUCCGAAUCAGUUCCCAUGUCCACCUGAACCAGAGCAGAGAGCACAGCCUUGGAAUUGUGGCCCUCCGGCCCCUUCCUAUCCUGAGAGAUAUCAGUAUGGUGGACAUGAUAGAGGACACCAUGGAUAUGAUAGAAGACCUUACUUUGAUGAUAGAGGACAUCACUUUGAUGAUAGGGGGCAUCGCUUUGAUGGUGGAGGGCAUUACUUUGAUGAUGGAAUGCAUCACUUCGAUGAUAGAUGGCGCCACUUUCAUGAUAGGGGGCAAAUGCACCAUGAAGUUAUGGAUGGUGGAAGGUUUCCCUCGUUCUUUCCACCAGCAACGUGCAGUUCAUGUUAUUUAUCACUCAUUGCACUAUCUUCUACAAUCAUUCAGGCCCCCCCUGUCCAGAUCACUUCAAAGCGCCACCCAACCAAUUUCACUGUGGACGACCAUUGGAUCCUCCACCAGGUCCAUGUUCUGGGUGGCCUAUGCCUCAUAGGAGAUCCAAGCACCCUCCUGAUUCUAGACACUCAAUGGAACCUCCAGUUUGCAAUGGAGGAGGUUGGAGGAGGCAUGGAAGACGUGAUUAUGAUAGAUACCAUUGAUGACUGGUAUCAGAAGUUUUAUGUUGGAACUACUGUGCUUACACGUUAG